AACGCUUGUUUAGCAUUAUCUGUGCAUAUGGCCAUGCCAAUUGAUUUGACAUUUUCAUUUCAAACUGGCAAUACCGUGAAAAGUAUAAACAAGCGGCAAAACAUUUCUUUAUUUCAAUUAAUUUUUUAUUUAUUAUAAAACGAGAAGAAAAUAUAAUGGACAGAGAAUAUGAAAUUGAACAUUUUGGUUUCACCGCAGCACAAUCUUCUCUAGAAAGGAAAUAUUUUCUGCAAAAAAUCUUGCGAAAUGCCUUAGAUGCUAUGCUCAGUAAAUUUAAUGCCAGCGAAGAGACGAACGAAUUAUUGCGCCAAGCCAAGGAAGAAGUUUUUAGGAAUAUAUGGCUAUCCAUGAAUGAUGAUAUAGAGGCUGCCAAUAAUUUGGAUAGAAAAUAUUUUAUUAUACCAGAUCACGUUCUACUGCCACAAUAUUUCGAUCAUAUUAAAUACACUGAAGAAAACGAACAGGAAUUAGACAAACAAUUGUCGUUGUUAAAGCACAACUUUUUAGAGAAUUCCAUAAUGCUGGCUUCACUCAAAUUGGAAAAUUCUCAGUAUAAAAAUUUCUCAACAUUUGUGGAAGAUGAGGUUAAAAUACAAGAUCAAUUAAAGGAAGCUUUCAAUAAUGUUAAUUUAAAUAAAAUUUAUGAAUUAGUAGAUAAAACAAACAAUUUAAAAACUAAUGAAUGUAAUUUAGUUGAAAAAACUAAAAAUUUACAAUUGUAGGUAAUAUAUGUUACACAUUUUUUU